UCAAUGCGACACAUUUACGAAGGACCCAUGUGCACGCAUUGGUAUUUUUUUGUUUAGCUACCAACUGUUUUGAUUCAUUGUGCAAAAGAAAACUAGUUACCAUAUCCUUUACAAAAUACAAUAAUUUGUAGAAAGAUGUCUGUCCCGGAAAUGUUCAGUUACAUUCAGGGUUUUCUGAGUGCGGAUCAAGAAAUAAGAGAGGACAUUCGAAAAGUGGUCCAGGUUCUGGAACAGACCGCGAGGGAGAUCCUGACACUGCUUCAAAGUGUCCAUCAACCAUCUGGAUUCAAAGAGAUUCCCAGUAAGUGCCAAAAGGCCAGGGAACUGUUUUGUACAGUCAGGACGCACCUUGGAGAACUCAAAACCAAAUUCCCAGUGGACCAGUACUACAGGUUCCAUGAGCACUGGAGGUUUGUUCUGCAGCGCCUGGCCUUCCUGGCAGCAUUCGUGGUCUACCUGGAGAGUGAGUCUCUGGUGACACGCGAAGAAGUGGCACAAAUACUAGGAAUUGAGGUGGUGAGAGAGAAGGGAUUCCAUCUGGAUGUUGAGGACUACCUGGCAGGUGUGCUGAUCAUGGCCAGUGAACUGUCUCGCCUGGCAGUCAACAGCGUCACAGCAGGGGACUAUAGCCGGCCCCUCCGCAUCUCCAACUUCAUCAACGAGCUGGACUCAGGCUUCCGCCUGCUCAACCUCAAGAAUGACCCCCUGCGUAAGCGCUACGAUGGCCUCAAGUACGAUGUGAAGAAGAUAGAGGAGGUGGUCUACGACCUGUCUAUCCGCGGCUUGUCCAAGGAGCUGGAGGCUGGGGGAGACAAGUAGAGCUGAGGAUGUGGGGCCAGGGCGCUACCCUAGGCUGGGACCUGACCUCUCCAUGACUGGGACAGUGGAGUCUUGACCUGCUGGAAAGCAGGAAUAGGAGGUCUGUGGCCCCCACAGCCUAGGACAGACUGAUGUGUGUUUGGAGAAGUGCAUGUGAGGGAAUGAGUCUGUCAGUGGGAUUGGAAAGCCUUUUAUAUAAAGGCACAGUUGUUUGAGGGGGAGGGGUUGUUGCAGUUUGAUACUGGUGAUUGGAAAUGUUCAUUUAAUGUCCAACAUACUGUAUGCCUGUUAAGUUUGUUGUUUUUGCUUUUCAUAUAUUUUGUACAGGUCACCAUCUAUGUAUUGAAUUAUUCAUGUUCAUUUCAUUUUAGGGGGUGCUGACAGGGUGUACAUUUCCAUCCAAGAGAAAAUAAAUUGUUAUGACUACGAUGUUGAAAAAGUGCUUAAUUUUUGAUUUGAGCAAAUAAAACAUUUAGUUGUUGUGCUGUUUUUCUACCAAAAACCAUCUGAUAUAACACAAGAACUUGCUUUUGGCUAGUUUAGUCUUUGAAUGUUCUGUUCACGGGUUGAUGUCUCAAUGUUAAAACAUCCAGCAAAGAAACGGCAGGGGGGGAAGUGCAGAUCUAAGGCCACUUGAUUCUACGUGUCUGGCUUUCUUAUUUGCCAUUUCCGCCAUGUUCUUGCUUGCAAUUCAUAUCUCCUCAUUUAGUAAUAACUGUUGUGAUUCCAGACUCAUUUCCUGUUCCUUACUCUGAUUUCCUGAAACAUUGCAUCUCUUUCUCAAGUCUUACCUUUAAUUUCUCAUUUUCUGUUUGGUCUCCUCUGUCUUUCUCAAUACAGAGGGAAGCAAGGAGACUAGGAGGAGAGAACGAGGAACCUAAAGAGCCAGGGUUAAUGUCAAUUCUAUUUCCUUGAUUCCUUGUCCUCUGUCCUUGCCUCCUCAAAAUGCAUUGGAGAACUAUCUGGGGAGAAGAACCCCAGGUCUUCUGCCCCAAUAUUCCUUGACAAGGUGAGGAGAGGGGAUGAGAAUAAUCUAGGAAUUACAAAUGAUGUCCAUCCCAAUUCAGAAUGGUAUUGACAAUGUCUAAUGGCUUCUAAUCACUCGGCUAUGUGUACUGCAGACAUGGCAGUGCCAUUUAUAGACAGGAAAAUACUGUACUUCAUUCAUGGCUUUCAGUCUUACAUUUUUGUUUUUGAUACAUUGUUAUGGCCAACUUCUAUGCCUCUAAUGCAUAUGUACUGUAGUUGAAUUGUAGUGAAUAUAAUUGACUGUAUUGUUGCACUUUUUCCUAUGUGCUUUUUUUGUUUUCGUAAAAAAGGGUAUUUGUGAUUGCUUGCAAACAAUUCCAUCUGAUUUAAAGGAAUAUUGUAUUUUAUUUCUGAAUUUGAAAAUGUUCCAAGUAAAUAUUUCUAGCUAA